AUGGAUUCCCAGUCCAAGGGUACCAUCAACCCAAGCUUCACUCUCUCCAGACGCCAAGAGGAAUUACUUUUCGCAGCCCUCAAUUCCAACAACAAGAUAUCAAACAUAGAUACUUCCAAUCUCCAAUCUAGCGAAAUCAUCUCAAUGGCGCCUGGUUCAUUCACGGAGUCCCCGCUCCAAGCUCCGGGAUCCGGAACUCUCAACGGCUUUGAAGAGAGCCCGUUCAUUGACUACGAUUAUGAGUUCGACGCUGAUGGCAGCUUCGAUUACGACUUUAGCAAUGAUUCUCAAGGACAGAUGAUCGGCAAAUUGCCAGGAACCUCUUCGGAUGGCGAUGCUGAUACUCACGACAAGCGCAGUCACCCUGAUGACGAUGAAGAGGAGGAAGGUGGCGGGAAAAGACGCGAGGGUGACGAGAAGUCAUCCAAGAAGCCUGGCAGAAAGCCUUUGACUUCCGAGCCUACCUCUAAGCGCAAGGCCCAGAAUCGUGCAGCUCAACGAGCUUUCCGGGAGCGCAAGGAAAAGCAUCUUAAGGAUUUGGAGACAAAGGUUGAAGAUCUCCAGAAGGCUUCAGAGUCUGCCAAUCAUGAAAACAGUAUCCUUCGGGCACAAAUUGAGAAGAUGUCGAUGGAACUGCGCGAAUACCGAAAGCGUCUGUCGUUGACGGGCGGGGUCAACCGAAGCUCGUCACAGAACGGCGGAUUGCCACCCUACCUCGCUGGCAAGGGACUUACCAACGGAGCAGCCAAUAAUCCGAAUGACGUCAAUUUCCAAUUCGAGUUCCCCAGAUUUGGUCGCCUUCCUGGCCCUGCUUCAGCCACUGCUACGGUUACCAAUGGUAAUAGAAGCUCUUCAUCGCCAUCUCUCUCCACACAACAGACUCCAAGUCCUAUUGAGAGAGGUCAGAUCAGUCCUCGCAAUCAAUCAAUGCAGUUCACAGCUGGCAAUGCUUCAGUUGCGUCAUUGACCCAGACACCUGCCAAUAUUGAUGGAGGAGACAUGUCGAGUCUCUCAGGUCUUUUCAGUCCUUCACUUCUAGACAGUGUCGGCAAGACACCACCAUUCGACUUCUUUGCAAACAAUAGUACCAAUAACGUAUCCAACGGAUCAAGGUCAAGCACGGAUUCGGCUCAGAAUGGAAGCACUGGUCACAAUACCUCUUACAGCUCACCGUCUGCUUCCUCAAAUUCGAAUCAUGGCGCAAGCUCGUCUUGUGGUACUUCUCCAGAGCCGACCAUGCAAUCCCCAGUUUACAACAAGCCUCUUGACAGCACAUUGACAACAAUUGGAGAGGAGAACUCUGCUGUAUCCACCGAAGGUGAGCUCACCUUCUGCGACAAGCUUAACAUGGCUUGUGGCAAUCCCAACAAUCCCAUUCCCCGUACAAUGUCUGAGCCUUCGCCUCCAGGAAACUUUGAGAACAAUAAUUUCGACGUCAAUGGCAUCGACUGGUUCGCACAACAAAAUGGCAACCAGUUUGAUCCACAGCUCUUCGGCGAUUACCGCGAGCCUCAGGAGAACAUUCUUGCAGGUGAAGCCUUCAGUGACACCUUCUUCCGAGAUGCAUUCGCCCUCCCAGAAUUCAACAGCCCAUUCAAUAUUGCACCGAGUCCAGUACCACCAAAGAAGGACUUGGUUGCGCAAAUCGAUGAGAAACAGAAUGAGGAUGAUGAAGUCGUGCCUGGUGAGGACACGACGCAAAUGCUCAACUGCAAUACGAUCUGGGAUCGUCUGCAAGCUUGCCCCAAGGUCAAAGAUGGUGAAUUCGAUCUUGACCUCCUUUGUAAAGAUCUCCAAAAGAAGGCCAAAUGCUCUGAGACUGGCGCUGUAGUCAACGAAUCAGAUUUCAAUAAGAUUAUGAAAUCUUACGUCGAGCAGAAGGCGACCGAGAAGGCGAAUAAGGCUUAA